AUUCAUAGUCAUGACAUGUGCAUGUCAUCUUCGGCAUAAAUUGUUGGCCUUGUGAGUGAGUUCAAGGGCACGGGGAAAAAUUUGUAAACAUGACAACAAGAAUGUGAUAUUUACAUUAUAGAAUUCUAGAAAACACGAAUUAUCCAAUAAGUUUGGACAUAGGAGACAAUAUAAGUAUGGACACAUUUACUGGUAAUGUACAUACAACAGACUGGCAGCUAUCAAAAGAUAAUGUUUCAGAGAGGAUUCGUAUGUUGCACAGUACUUCGCAGUGGAGUGACUGUUCUUUCAAAGUGGGUUCACAAACUCAGUCACAGGUUUUUAGAGCACACAAGCUGAUAUUAGCAGCUUCCAGUCCUGUGUUCGAAGCCAUGUGUUAUGGACCUCUGGCUGAGGAAGCAUGUGUGAAGAUCCCUGAUGUGGAGCCAGAAGUCUUCAGAAUUUUACUAGAGUACAUUUACACUGAUGUGGCAAGUAUUUCAUCAGUAGAUGAAGCAGCUGGAGUUUUGUAUGCAGCAAAAAAAUACAUGUUACCUCAUCUUUGUCAUACUUGUCACAAUUACAUAAUAGAUAAUUUACGCCCUAGUAAUGCAAUGAGUAUUUUUGAAUUUGCAAAUGAAAUAAAUGAGGAGCAGCUUCUGGAGCCAUGUAUCAAGGUGAUGUGUGGGCAUACCAAAGAAGUCCUGAAAUCUGUGGAUGGUCAUAUGUCUUCGCAUACACUUAAUGUACUCUUGAGCCAGCACAAAUUAAAUAUUAGUGAAACGGAACUGUUUGAAACAUGCAUUCAGUGGGCUGAAGUUCAGUGUUCAGAGAAAGGAUUAGAAAGAACUCCUGAAAAUAUGCGUGCAAUUUUGAUGAAAGCUGGUGCACUUUCAAAAAUACGAUUUCUGUCUCUCACUGUACAGGAAUUUGCAGAAGGCCCAGAGUCAUCUGGCAUUUUAACUCCAGAAGAAAUAGCUGUUUUAAAAGCAGUUAUUUUGGAAAAACAUGGUGACCUUAUUCCAUUACCAGAAGGAAUGUGCAGUGUUCCAUAUUCACGAGAUAAGAUAGCAAUAAAACAGUUUUAUUGUGCUCGUAAGUUUUUAAAGACAGCUGUUACAAUUUCCGGGCACAUUAGACUUCUAACCAAAGUACUUGUUGAUAAAUAUGUGAAGGUGAGUGGAAUAAGAGUUUUCACUAGGCUUGUGCCUCAGAGUGAGUUCAACUUGGCUCAUGGGUUGCCUCGUGAGUACCGUGAAAACUUGGACGUGUCUGUACUUGACCAACAUGGAACUGUACUCAGUAGGACUCUUUUUACCGAUGUUGUAGAAUACAAUACAUUGUCAACGGUAAAUUUUGAAGAACCAAUCGUAUUCAGCAGUAACAAAGAAUAUAGUAUAUUAAUGGUGCUACCUUGUCUGAGAGGAGAUGUUCAUGAGUAUCCAUUGAGUUUCAUGUCACAGACUGAAAAGAGUCGAGGUAUUGAGUUCAGAUUUUUUGAUCAUGCUGAUAUUGAUGGCAAUGGUACCUUUGUAAGAAGGUUAGAUAUGGGAUUUGUAGAUGCAAUUGUUUAUUCAGUUUGAUACUCCACAGCUUUCUUCCUCAGUUGCGUGUAAUAUUACGUUAUAUUGAUAAUUUUUACUUAUGGACCAUCUGACAGCAACUGAAUAAAACAUAAUUUUAGUGCCAUAUGCGUUUCGCCUUUAUUUUCUGCAAGGCAUCAUCAGUGGCAGGUUGCGUGGACAAUUUCUUACAUAUUAUGCUCCUGUUGCAUUUUUGGUGUUGUUUUUCUUCUUCGGAAUGCCAAUUUGCAGUUUUGUCUUUUAUUCAGUUGCUGUCAAAUGGUCCAUAAGUAAAAAUUAUCAAUAUACCAUAAUAUUAGCAAACUUGUUUGUGACUACUUAACACUAUCUCAUUGUUUUUUCCUAUUUCUCUUUGCCACUUAUUGGUUUAAAUCUAUGAAGAAUGGUUGCUUAUAAGAGUGAAAUUGUACGACAUCAAUUCCUCCUUACAAGCAGUGAUUUAUUUUUGUUGACCACUUAUUAUGAUAGUAUUUUCUUUCUUCUUUGCUCAUUAUUGGUAUAAAAUCUAUGAAGAAUGGGUAACUAUGAGAAUGAUGUUUUGUGGCAUCAGUAUUUUCUUCUCUGCAAUGAGUUUUUUCUUCCUAUUCUUGGAAAAGAAGUGGGUUUUUUCAUUUUCCAGAUCUCCCUCAACCCCAUACUCCCAAUGUUAUGUGUCUCCCAAUUGUGUGUGUGUUUGUGUAAAGCACAUGCAGUCAUAAUUAUCAUUGUACAUUUGUACAAUGAAGUAAUCCAAAACUUUGACAUGUACAAAUGAAAAUCAAUUUAAAACAUUUAGGUAAAGCCAAUUUUACCUAGAUCUUACUUCUUUGUGUCUGUACAUUAAAUGAAAUUCUGUUAAAUGAGACAUAUGUAAUAUGUGAAGUAGUUGAUAUAACAGUUGUGAAUGAAAUACAUUUGAGAUAAAAGAUUUGUUUGUUCAGAACAUAGACAAAUAUGUUCCAAUUGUUAAAAGGAAUGUAAUGAUCUGUUAGACAGAGUGUUAGCAGAAGCAAACAGUACUGGCAUCCUCAGUGGCAGAUAGAUAUAUGAAGGAAGAAGAAAUUUGAUGCAAAAUUGGUAUACACACAUUUUGAUUCUACCAUUUUGAUAACACAGUGGUAUUGGAUGGAUGGCUGUUACAGAAAUAAAUACAUGGAAGUGGUAAAAGGAAGUGUCAUUUGAAGAAUUAAAAUGAUCAGAUCAAUAAAUCUGGGAAAAUGACAAAAAAAAAGAACAAAUAAAGGAAUGGAAGGAAAAUCCAGAGAAGCAGCAUGAAAAAGCCAUCAUUCUUAACACCGCGAUGGAAGCACUAGAAGAGAAUGAUGGAUAAUUAAGUUCGAAGUGAGGUGUACAGAAAAAAUGUUUUGUCAUUUGAAACUGCAAUGAGAACAAAUGCCUACAUGUGGAGGCACCUAUAUGCCAUGCUGAUGCAAAAGAGCUCAUUAUAGUUGGCCUUCUCUUCCAACUGUUGGACACAAACUGUAGUAGGGUUACCACCAUUCAGUGAUUAUCAUUUCUCACAGUUGUGGCAAUAUAUAUUUCUGUACUUUGUUUGUGAGCUUAGGAACAGUUUUUGUUGUUUUCAGAA